AACCCUCUCUCUGUUCUGCCAUGAUUAGAGAAAGACUUAAAAUUUUUGUUUUGCUGCUCAUCACCCAAAUAAUUUGCAAUGCUACGGAAACAAAUCACUGUCCUCCUUCUUCAUGUGGGAAUAUCCACAACAUUAGUUACCCUUUCCGAUUACAAACUGAUCCAAACCAUUGCGGAAAACAUGGAUAUGAGCUUUCUUGCGAAAAUAAUAUCACAGUGUUGAAUCUAUUCAGAGGAAGAUACUAUGUGCAGGCCAUCAACUACGAUCACUUCACCAUCCGACUGAUGGAUGAUGGCAUCAACCCAGAUGAUUGCUCCUCCAUUCCUUGUUUUCCUUUAACUCCUAGCAACUUCUCGGAGGGAGAUGAUCGAUACUGGAAUUUCUAUUCAGCGCCUAUGAUUAGUUUCAUAAAGUGCCCAAAUCCAGUGUACCCUCCCUCUUAUCUGGACUGUUCUACUUGCAUUAAUGGAGGUUCUGCUUUGCAGACGCAUACCUAUGCGAAGAUUAUAGAUGAACAUACCGAGGUAUCUGAUUUGAUGGAGUCGUGCAGCGUAGAGAUGAUUUAUUUGCUUCCAGAUGAAGAGGCAUUCGAGAACAAGGAUAAUAAUAUAUCCUGCGUUGAAAUUCACAGGCAACUUGCAUAUGGGUUUGAGCUUUUCUGGGAGCACAACUUCGGAAUACAACAAGAUCUGCUCAGGGCAUUGAUUUAUGGAAUCAGUGCGAUCCUCGAUGCAAUCGAAUUUGAGUACCCAUUGAUAUACGCUGUUAUUGGUAAGAACUAA